GGAAUAGCACUUUCCUCGUUUAAAGAGACCAGUGAUGUGGGAAAAAUAAUGAGCAAGAAAAGGCAAGAAAAUUGGCUUUUAUGUAAUUUAUGUGGUAGACUUCUCUUUUUUCGCCAUCUCAAUGAUCACUUGGUGAACUGCACUCGGGAUUCGACACCAGAGUGCUCUCAACCACUUUCUGAACACGCUUUUAUCCAAGAUGGCUGCCUCCAGGCCGUUGUUGCCGAGAAGAAUAUAUCAACAAUUCUGUCAGGUUAGUUAUCAUAGAAAUAGAGCUAAAAUUCGUGAAGACGCAACUUGAAAGUCUUCUUUACUUUUAGGCUUUUAUUUUAGUUUUUGUAUUCAAGACAAUUUUGGCACAAGGCUAGUGUAGUAAGUGCCUCUAGGCGAUCGCCUGCCUGGAGCGGGAUUUUUUAAAUUCAGCAUUGAUAAUCAAGGAAAACCUUGUACCGUCACUUUGAAAUAGCUUUGGGCAAAGCCAAAAACUAGGUAUCUGGGAACCUUGAGAUAAGAAGUUGCUUAAAUUAUCAUCGACGUUAACAUUUUAUGCCCAACUGCUUUUCCUGUUAACACCACGUGCAGUUUCCUAGCAUUCAAUUCACGUGAAACAGUGGUCUUAAGUCCACUCGCCUGUAGAUUACUUGACAGGUUUGGUCAGGUUACGCCGCUGUACAAUAACUUGUUUGUUGUAUCACCUACAUUGUAUGAUCAGUGUGUCAGUUGCAUUUCUUUGUUUUUGAUCAUGUGUUUUGUCCUAUAUGAAUCAUGGCUGAAAAAUGCUUAACCAGCAAUAUGGCAGUGUUUACUGGUUAUUGGAUUGUUUUCUCAAGAGGUGCAGAGCUAAUCUAUGAAAUUAGAAAUUGGAGGGAUUGCACUCUCAUUCGCAGGAGUACAGUUCCAGGUCAGUGCAGGUCUAAAGGUGUGGAUGGAGGUACAGGUAGAGGUUGGCUGUGCAUGUGUAGUCUGAUGACGUCUUUAAUAGUUUGUCAGCCUCAUACUGUCCUAUAGCAAUUAAUUGGCAGAAAUGAUUGAAAAGAGCAAGCCAAAACAUUUGGAAGACUUAAAGGUCCGUUAGGUUCCAACAGAUACUUAGGGAUGACUUCAAUUCGGUAGGAGGUAUUUUGCAGAAUGCUGAACGCUGAAUGCAGAACACCGAAUGCAAAAUGCCAAAUGACUUUGAGUUUAGUGGUUGCCGUUCGCAAACUGAGUGAAUCAGGUUCCAUUUAGGGUCAUUUAACUUGGAAAACGGACCUAAAACUUCAUUAACUGAGUUUCCUAAGCCUAAUCACACUAAAUUUCAGAGUCAUUCAGUGUCCUGCAGUUUGCUGAACACCAAAUGCAGAAUGCCAAAUGACUUGAAGUUUAGUGAUUAGGGUACGUUAGGAAACUAAGUGAAUCAGGUUUUGUUAAGGGUCUUUAUACUUGGAAAACUGACCUGAAAGUUGAUUCGCUCAGUUUCCUAACCCUAAACACCAAACUUCAGAGCCAUUAGGUGUUCUGCAUUCAGCACUCUACAUGAGGAGUGACAUGUGAAAAAUUAAACUUCAGAAAAUCGUGGGGAAUGUACUAGAUAAGCUUCAAAAAUUGUACAUGACCAGAACAGUCAUCCAGACAUUUUUAGCCUUCCUCAAGCUAUAGAAAAUUCUAGGCAAUUUUUGCUUCUCCCUAGAGAUAUAUUACAGAAAACUGUUUUCAGGUGCCCUGAUGAAAUUGCAACACAAACUGCAACACCAUGGGUCAAUUUAUUAAAACUUUUACAUGUGUAAUUUCCAACUGUAGCUUUUGUUUUAAAGUAUGGAAACAAUAGCCACACUUGUAAAUUACAGUGUACACCUGUAAAAGUUUUCAUAAAUUGGCCCCAUAAUGGUGUUAUCAGACAGUGCACCAACACUCUCGCACCUGAACUUGCACCUGCAUCCCCACCUGCAGACCCUCACUCACACCUACCGUAAAUGACCUAAUAGAUGCCUGUGGCAUGUAUCUAAAUUAAGGGGUCUGAGAGGGGGCAUUUAAUAGUUAGGAGGCAUUCUAAAGAGGGAGGCAUGAAUGGGUAAAUUUAAAUAAUCUAUUUUCUCUAACAGAUAGCAAGUUACCACUGUCCUCUAGAAAUGAUAUUAUACUGCUCAACAGCCAUACAAUGAAGGAAUGUCAUCUGCCUAUUGGCAAAAGGGUGUUGGUAAAGUCAGAAAAGAAAUCUCAAAAGGUAAACAUUUGGAGUUUCUUAGUUAUUACAUGAAUAAUAUUGUAGAGGAUAAUAAUUAUUAUAGUUGAAGAUAUAGUUGAACAGCCUCCUAUAAAGGACCACCCAAAGUUCAAAGAUUUACAGAUGUACAUAUUGUAGUGCUCUCUCACGUACAUUAUAACCAGACAUUCCAACCCUCCCGAUUUGAUGUGUUGCCUCCCGCUCUCCCGAUUUUUAUCAGGUUCUCCCGAUUUAUCAUAAAAUUCUGAAAAGAAGAAAAAAAUUGCUUAUCUUAUAAGUAUUUUUUGCGAUCUGAGUGUAAAAUGUUACGUAUUACACUUAUUACACUUCUUUGCUGUUGUUAAUCCAUCUUUUCAGAAUCUAAGACCUUAAAGAAAACCACAAAAAUGAUGUCAAAAUGCAGGAAAUACCACUUGAGAGAAACUAAAUUUGCAAAAUUUCCUGGGGGGGCAUGCCCCCAGACCCCCCUAGAAGCUCGCGCCGUUGGCGCUCGUCUUAGCGCCUUUGGCGCUAAUAGAGCCUCCCUAUUUCUCCUCAAAAGGGGUUGGAAUGUCUGUAUAACAUAUGAUGUUGAUGUUAAAGUCGGCAGAAAUCAUACAACAUAAAUUCUUCAUAUUUCAAGUAUAUUGAUUUUAUCAUUUUGUGCUCUUUAAAUAUGGGGUAUAUACUGAUAAUUAUGUUGUCAAGUUUUUCAAACCUUUCAAAAGCAAUUUGUUGAUUGACACAUAGUAGGGCCAUUUAUACGAGGAAAAAUAAGACGCGUCUUACAUAAGAUGCGAACUGUACCAUUUAUACGAGCAUGUCUUAUCUAAUAAGACGUGUCUUAGCUAAGCCGCGUCUUAUUUUAGACAAAAUGUGCCGUUUAUAUGGAAAAUUCGCGUCUUAUUUAAGAUGUGUCUUAUGUAAGACGUGUCUUAUUUUUCCUCGUAUAAAUGGCCCUAGUGUGUUCUCUGUAGUUACUGUACUAUGUGUAUUACAUAACCCAGAGUAUGCAAAUAGACUUAUUAAUAAUAGGUGACAACAUUGAACUAAACAUACAUAAUGUGCAUUAUGGCUUAACAAAAACUGGAUGCAUGGAUUCUUUUUGAAAAAGUCUUUAAGGGUGAACCUAUUCUCGAAAGAGACUCCCUUGUUGUUUGAUUCUCAUAAACGGUCACCUCUCAUGGAGGACGAGAAUAGUGCAAGAAUGGUAGAGUAAUGUAAUGGAGGGAUUAUUUGGGCGAUUUUGAUAUAAAAAAAAUAUACCGUACACACAGGAUUGUUUUCUUACUUCCUCUCUUAUUACUUCUGGUUGAUGCCUAGGAGAUGACGGAAAGAAAACUGACCUCAUAAGGCUCAGUCUCUAAUGCUCUCCAGCCGAGUAUUCCUCAACAGUGUCUAUCAUGUGAUAUAGAUGUCGGACUUCCUCUUUGAGCCCUCUUAUGUGUAGGCACCCAUGUUAUAAUCAGCUGUAGCACUGGAGAAAAACAUGUCCGAAAUGCGCAAUUCUUCUGUUUGGAAUGGUACUAAGUGGUCACUUUUACCAUAAAUUUCACUAUGGGUAACCAGCCCUUCCAGGAUCCAAUUCUGUUGAUUUGGUUUAACACCGUGAAAUGUUGUCAUCGUUCAUUACUCCACAAACUUUCCAACCCAAGAUCCCAUCUUUCUGGAUCAAUUCCCUCCUUGGUAUGAAUAACAUGAUGAGUCUGUUUUCUUCAGAUAGUGUGCCUGGUAUGGCCUGCUUCAGGAGUAUCACCUGAGUGUAAGUAUAUAUAUACUAUCACAUGCAAAACUGAGUACACCUGCUGUGUGCACAGUUGUCGUGGUUUAAAUUUUUCUUUGUCUUCAGUUUCUCAAAUCAUUGUCCCAUGAGGGAGGGGGGGGGAGGGGGGGGGCAAGGUUAUAUUUGUGACGCUAUGAUCUACCAAAUUGUAGACAAUGAUUUUUGGUGUCUGUGAAUCAUGAUAUAUUGAAAAACUGUUCUGUGAAUUGUGAUUUUGAAACUAAUAUUAUUAUAAUACUAUUAAUGGCUGUGCUCCAGCAGUGCCUGGAGGCCCCUGGUGCCUAACUUUUGUGUACAGCUGUAUAUAAGGUUUUCAAGCAUUUCUAAAUUGAGCUUGUAGCUUGGAUGAUUGAGCGAUCAUGCACUGCGUAGCUCUUUCAAAUUGAAUAAGUUUUUUCUACCUCUACUUCUUUCUAUAGACUAGAUCUAUUCAGGUCACUUCUGAGUUCAACGUCACUGGUUAGACUAGCUCCUUUUGAUAUGCAUUAAUAGUCGACUUCUGGCAUCUAUAUCUUAUGAGGAAAUCUCAAAAAACGGUUGGCUGAGCUAUACAAUCAUACACUGUAAGCAGAGUAAGGUUAUACUGCUAUCUUACUAUUUUUGUAGGUGCUGUUUUAACACCACUGUCUCUUCUCAAUGGCCAGGUAUUAAAAAAGCUUUGUUUAUUUUUUUAUGGCUUGAAUUGUUUUGUUUCCAGUGAUGAUCAGCAUUUACAAUAUGUCCACAUUUGCAACAUCAUCAAUGUGCAAAGAAAGUAGUGUCCGAUAACCCCAGGGCUAGUGGAUUUUGCUUUUGGGCUAGUGAAUUAUGUUCCUAACUUGCCCGAUGGGCGGGUGAUGUUGUUUGAGAAAUUCAAAUUGACGAACAACUGUGGAAUCAAUUCUGCUUGUCAAAAGCUUUUGGGGCUAGUUGAAAUGACAUUUGCGCUAGUAAAUGCUAGCUUCAGCUUGCCUGAAUAACAAGCUGUAAAAAUGAUUUUCUUUGCACCCAUACACAAUGGUCACUGUUACAGAUGAGAAGCAGCUGUUCAUAGGUACGUUAAUUUUGAAAUGUGAAUUAAUUUUUUUGUAAGGGCUGGUAAAAUGAUGGUUUAUUGUCAGUAGUGUUAGAGGCUGAGUGCUCAAUAAUUUUUUGUCCAUACAGGAUGGGCACUUAUUUGAGGUGGGUGCUAAUUUGAGGUUGGGCGCUUAAUCAAACAAAUACGGUAAUUAAUAAAUAAAAAUUAUAAUACUAAUGAUUUUGCUUUUUUAUUAGUUUGCAGUGGGAGAUAUCAUCAGCAUUAUUCCGUUAAAGCAGCUCUGUCUGCAUGCGGCACAAGUGGAACUUGAGUUGUGGUGAGAUAUUAACUAACAAGCAAAUUAUUUCAGUAUGUGAUUUAUGUAACCAUACAUCAAAAACAAUGUAAUUUAUGUUGAUUUGUAUCCUGCUUUCAGCAUUGCUGUUGAAUUUGAUAUAAACCAGCUGUUUAUUGAAUAUUGUCUCCAUGAACUAGGUAAGUACAAACAAAAAUUAAAUCACCUCUGACUACACGACCUUUUGCAGUACCUUAAGUUUUUUUUUUGGCUUCCCCAAAAUCCCUGAACCCCCACAAGAUUUGCUCUGCUUUGCUGUGCCUGUUGUCUUGGGUUCUUUACUUGUUGAUCUGAUAUUGUAAAUUACACUCAUUUAAUAUGUAUAUUUUUAACCAUCAUUAAUUUUUGGAAUAAUAGCUAUUAAUUUUGAUUAUCAUUUUUGAUUAUCAUUAAUCCUGUUAUGUUGUAUUUGAAUUAUUUGUUUCUAAAUAUUUGAGUGGAGUGCCUGUAAAUUAGCUGACUAGCUAAGUGCACCUUCCACUAUAAACAUGCCUUUAACCUUUUUUUUUUUUUUUUUUAAUCAGGCAACCACUUUGUUUUUCCUGGACACAAAGUACAAGUUCAGUUCUAUGGCAAACAAAGACAACUUUUAGUUACAUCAGUAAGAGGAUCCUACCACACAUCUAAGAAACCAAUUUCUUCAGCACAGUCUUGUGGUAGUACAACUAUGGAACUUGAAAACCAUCUGGAAGCUUUAAAGCUAAACAGCACUUCAACAGACAAUACACAAGUGGUGUUGUCUUUUUCAAAGGACGAUGAUUCUAUACACAGUGAAAAAGUCACAUCUACUUGCCAACCAAAUAGUCAUGAGAAAGAUUUCAGCAGAAGUGGAAGUAAAGGAGAAACUAUAGGAUUGAAUAAUCAAACUCAGCAGCUUGAGAUGGAGUCAAGCAUAGACCUUCAAUUUCAACAAUGUAAUCAAGGUGGUAGUCAAUCAGUAUUUUAUUACAUAUCUCCUGAAGAAACACAAUUAUUAAUUCAUGCACAUGGAGCAAGUCAUGGCAAAAAUAAUGACUCAAGGACAAAAGUGACGUUUGAUUCCAUUGGAGGACUACGGACACAGGUUAAACUAGUGCGUGAAAUGAUUGAGCUUCCAUUAAAACACCCAGAGAUGUUCACAAGUCAUGGUAAGUACUGUGGAUAGUAUUCACACUAGUCAAUUUUUGCUACGAGGUGUAACCUGCAAGCAAGCUUUGCAGGGCACUCUCCCUCCUGUUUCGCCUCGUCGCCAAAGUGCCCCAGAGAGCUUGCUUGUAGGUUAGUAAGGUGCUCUUUUUGGUACUUUUUGUUAAAAUUAAAAUAAUUAUAUCCUUGGCGUAAUUUUAUUUUGCUUGCUACCCUGCGAGCAGAUGUUUCUUUCUGCCAUGGCUUUUAGAAUUUGUAAAGGCAUUCAUGUACCCUCUGACAGUUGCAAUGCUAAAAGCCAUUGCCACUGAGAGAAAGGGUAGCUUUUUUGGUAUGGUAAUGAAUGAUAAUGAGUUUGAACAAAGAAAAAGAAAAUUUAAACCAAGGAAAACAAGAAAAAUGAACAUUUACAUCAUCUAGCAUUAAUUUUAUUGCAGUUUUUAAAAAAAUUGUUGUUAGAACGUUAUUUUAUUACUGAGCGGUUGAGGUGGUGUUAUUAGGAACACCAGUUGACCAACGUAAUAGAUUGCUAAUGUGAUUUAAAUGGCCAGUGACCUACAAGUGCAUCCUGUUUAGCUGUCAACCUAAAGUUAAUGUAAGAGUUUUAGAACUACUGCUAUUUUUUUUAAGGUAAGGUUUACUUGGGUCAGCAACAGUAACUUGAAACCGGGCAGGCACGAAAGUUAAAGGGCCGGAGGUCUUUGCUUUUAUGUGCGUUAGCUAUUUUCUCUCUGUUUGUUUUAAGUUGACCAAAAGACUAACUACUUCCUCCAUACAUUCCUUAGAGUCUAGCUAUUUCUGUGUGACUUUCGUCAUUAUUACAUGUGUUAUUUAUUUCAGGCAUCCCACCUCCACGUGGAAUUCUGCUGCAUGGUCCUUCAGGUACAGGGAAAACCCUUAUUGCAAAAGCUGUGGCUGGAGAGUCUGGUGCUCACUUUAUUUCUAUCAAUGGCCCUGAUAUUCUAAGUAGGUCUGUAAUAUCAUUUUAAUCUAUUUAACAAGAAGAUUCCAUGUUGUCAUGCAUCUGUUCAGUUAUAGAUCACAGAUGGCAUCAUAAUGUGGUAAGAACCCAAAAGUGGCACACGAACUGCAAGCGAGUGUGCUACUAAUGUUUUUACAACACAACUGCAUGCCGUGCUGGACAAAACAAAGAAAAUAAUUUUCUCUUUACUUCAUCCGCGUGUCUGUACGUAAAUUGAUCAUGUAUUCAUUGUAUCAAGAUAUCUGUUUGUUAGCUUUUAUGCUCUUGCAUCUUAAAAAGAGUUAUUUUUACAGUGAAACCUUGUUAUUAUGACCGCCAAAGGGCCAAGGAAAACCAGGUCAAAUUAUCAAGGUUUCUGUCGGUAACGCUGACUUGAGUUCGUGAAGUUACCGUCGGGUCAAUUGAGGUUUCUGACAAACUGCCCACCUACCCCUCCCCUAAGUCAUCAUUUUGCCCUAAGUGAGAAGUAAGUGUUAAUGUUAGCUUAGGGGAUGGGUAGGUGGGCCGUUUCCCAGAAACCUAAAAUUGAUCCGUUAGGUCCACAAGAUUUAUGGUCAUAAUUCCUAGGUGGUCAUGUCAAUUAGCCUGCGAACCGCAGACGUAUUUCCAGUCGUCGCUAACCGGAUGCUCUCGCAGGCGACAUGUCAAUAGAGUGGUCGUGAGGUUGAUGUCCACUAUAUAAACUUUAAAUCAACAUUUAUGUAUGGCAUUCAAAGCAAUUCUUUCAAUUUUUUUCCUGACAGAUAUUACGGUGAGACAGAGGGUCGUCUGAGGGACAUAUUCCGUGAGGCCCAGGAGAAGGCUCCUAGUAUUGUAUUCAUAGAUGAGCUUGAUGCUUUAUGUCCCAAGAGGGACAAAGUACAGAACGAGUUUGAGAAGAGAGUCGUGGCCACCUUGCUUACCCUUAUGGACGGAGCUACUUCAGCUGUAAGUCAGCAGGUAAAUCCCAGCAAUUUUUGCUUCAACCCAUCAGAAGCUCUACCCAGAUCUGGGUAGUAACGCUCCAUCAAUGUUGAAUCUCUGCGCUCGUUUCUCAGUCGUCAUAAUUUUCGCGCAGACACCACUGGUGGCGUCGCGAAAUGUCUGUUGUUUUCUCAGGCAAACCUGUGCAUGAAACAUCGCUUUGUCUCGUUUUUUUUCUCCUAGAAUUUCUUAUCUGGUCACGUGCUUGUAUUGGCGGCCACCAACCGGCCAGAUGCCUUGGACCCAGCCCUCCGCAGACCUGGGAGACUGGACCGAGAGAUUGAGAUCGGCAUCCCUAAUGCUGUUGAUCGUGAGGAUAUUCUGAGAACGCUUUUGAAGACUGUGACACAUAGCCUCAUGGAGGAGGAAUUUGCCAGGUAAUAAAUAAGGGAUGUUGGCUAAGAAUUGGAUGUAUUAUAUGGCGAUUUUAUGGCUGGUUUUAAGCGGAGCGGGCAAGAUGGAGAUAAUACUACGUUCUGAUUGGUCGCUUGAGCGGGCAAGAAGGGCUCAUGCCUGUUUCUCGCAAAACAGAUUUUGUUUUGCCCAAAACAGAUUUGCCCAUAUAAUAAAUCCUUUAAUGACUAACUUGAGCUUAUUCGCUCAAGAUGACGUAAUGUGUCUUCGUUCUUUUCUUUUCUUUUUUUUUCUGCGUUAUUACAGAGCUUUAGAUUCUAAGACGAGGACGACUACGAGAACGCGAUUUUAUUAAUACUAAGUAGUGCGCGCGCGUGAACCAGCGUCAUUUUGGCGGGAAAACGUGAUAGCCGUCGUCAUUCUUCUACGAAAAUUUCGUAGUGGCGGAAACAGGUUAUCAAAUGUUGGACGUUUUAUGAUUCUGCGCUCGGGAAAGGGUUUAACCUUCUUCAAUAAAAAUAACUGUGCUAACGUUUCUGGUGAAAAAAAUACAGUGAAGUUUUCCGAGCCAAAAACGCGAACCAAAAAAACUUUGGCCAGUAUACAGCCAUCUUCACCAAACAAGCUUGGUCAAUAACGAAUUUGUCUGUGCUUUUCACAUUGCUCGUGUCAGGGCUGUCAAUAAUAGUUUAGAUCUAAGUACACAUACAUAAAUGUUAAACAUGUUAAACUCAAAAAUUCACAAACCUAACCCAGCCCCCUUUUAUAAUUAUAUUUUUAACUUGAAAUAGUCUUGUAUUUCCUUUAAGAAAUUAAGUAGCUCUGGGUUCGAUAGGGGUCGAUUGUGGGUGGUUGGUACCUUGCUCGAGACCAUAUCCUUCAGCUAAAUUACUCAUAACUUAUGUCCUCUCAGCACCCGGACAUGCUGGGCGCACCUAAAACGUCUAUCAUACUCGAAAGCUUGUCUGUUUUCUUUGACAGGUUUGCAGAAAUGGCGCAUGGUUACGUAGGAGCUGAUCUUGCUGCCGUGUGUAAAGAGGCGGGGUUAAAGGCAUUCAAACGCUGUUUAGCAAAACAAGAGAUGACGUCAUCUCUUGAUAGUACAGUCAGCGAAGAGACCCUCAGGGAUAAGCUUCUGGUUACAAGAGAUGACGUCAUCGCUGCGUUUGCGCAGGUUGGACCCAGUGCUAUGCGAGAAGUUGCCAUCGAUGUUCCUAAGGUGGGUACCCUAGAGUGUGAUUGAACCUUGCCGGGUGAGAGUAGCUUAGAUCUUCUGUUUGAUAUGAAACACGCACAUUCCACUGUUUCCUGAUUUGUUGUGACUAAGACGAACGAUCGGAAUGCCAGUUGUAGUUUUUUGCUAUGCAGUUUUUUUAAUCGCUGUUCCUUUAGUCACAAACCUUCAAUAAGAGAGUUGAGAGGAGUGCGAUACCAGCUAACCAUGUGUUAGGCCUUGAAUUGGCACGGAAAAAAAGGAGAGUGUAUAAACUUUCCCUCUGCACUGUACACUUACCUCAGUGCCGGAUGCAGACCUUGUGAUAAGGGAGGCGGGGGGGGGGGACCCCGGUCAUCCAGACCCUUAGAAAUAGGGGGGUGCGGGCUCCAAAAAGUUUUUGGCCUCAGUUUGGUGUAACUGUAUCCGCCACUGGACUUUGUCUGUCCAUGCUUGCCUUUAACUUUCUUUGUGUUGCAUGUAUCACACAGCGGUACUAUCCCUGUCGAUCGUAAUAUUUUCAUUUUUGCAGUCUUGAUUUUUAAGUGCCACUGUAUUGGUAAUCAACAUGUUUUAUUUUGUUGUUAACCACGGUUUAGGUUCGUUGGGAUGACAUUGGAGGAAACACUGUUAUCAAACAAAAGCUAAUGCAAGCAGUGGAAUGGCCCCUAAAACACCCAGAGGUGAGGAUAACAACCUACCCACCCCUUCCUUUAACACUUCCACCUCAUCAACGAAGGGAAUAACAAAACACGCCAAACACAGCACUGUGAACUUCCCCUAAUACUCUUUUCAAACAGUAGUGUGGGGACUGACCCGUCCCCAGUUAUCUUUCUUCCCGCGUGGAAGAUGCGCGUGAGAGAGCCUCCACCGCGCCUUGUAGUAGCCUCACGUGACCGUUCCUUGACCGCCUACAAAUGAUAACAGACGGCUCGGGACAAGUGAGGUGUGGGUAAGGUCAUAUUUUCUGCUUCAAUCUGUGUUGCAAAAUGUGCAAGGAAGGCAGUGCUAACUUAUGUGAAUCUUACCGUUCAGCUAGUGAGAAAACAUAGAUCGUUAAAGUGCUUGCCCGGUCUCAAUGCUAGCUCAUGACCUCAAAAUCCACUUCGGUGGAGAUCAAAUUGCAUGUUUUUGAUUUGAUUUGAUCUUUUUGCAGGCAUUUAAGCGGCUUGGUAUCAGCCCUCCAAGGGGAAUCCUAAUGUAUGGACCUCCAGGAUGCAGCAAGACCCUUGUAGCACGAGCAUUGGCUACAGAGAGUGGACUCAAUUUCUUAGCCGUGAAGGGUCCUGAACUGUUUAGUAAAUGGGUGGGCGAGUCAGAGAGAGCUGUGAGACAGGCCAGUCCAUCAUCUAAUCCAAAAACAACUAUAUACUCACCCAAUAUCAUUGCUCCUUCUUAGGACAGACAUUUCAGUUGCUUGGCUCGCUCUUAUACAAGCUAGAAGUCGAAACGUCGUUUUUCUUUCUUUUUUUCAGUGUGGGAGCAAACUCACUCUGUUAACUUAUUUGAUAAAGAUUUUGUUUUUCCCUUUUGGUUUGUCUGAGAAAGUGUGAGUUAACCACAUUUUUGUUCGUUUUCUUUUCAGGUUUUUCAAAAAGCGCGAGCUGCAGCGCCCUCCAUCGUCUUCUUCGAUGAAAUAGACGCCCUCGCAGCUCCUCGCGGCAGCGGUGGAGACAGUGGCGCCUCCAGCGUGUCAGACCGCGUUCUAACGCAGUUGCUGACAGAAUUAGACGGUGUUGAAACGCUUAAAGACGUCAUAAUGGUGGCGGCAACGAAUCGUCCUGAUAUGAUCGACAAGGCGUUACUUCGCCCGGGAAGAAUAGACAGAAUCAUUUAUGUUCCACUCCCUGAUACAGAAGCUAGAAAAGAAAUUUUUAAAAUUCAUCUUGCCAAAACUCCCCUUGGAAACGAUGUGGUGUUACAAGAUCUGGUGGAAAGGACAGAAAUGUUUUCAGGCGCUGAAAUUUCUGCUUUGUGUCGAGAAGCAGCGUUAGCAGCGCUGCAAGAAGACAUUGAGUCGUGUGAAGUACACAGGCGACACUUUGAUUCAGCUCUUAUGUCGGUGAAACCUAGAACUUCCUGGGAGUUGAUUGAACUGUACAAAAGAUACCAGAAUGAAAGUGGCGUUCAUUCUAUUUAG